AUGCAGAAUUUCGCCAGAUUCACGACAUCUAGACGGAAUUUUCUCGACAAACCCAAGAACCGUCGUGCCUGGCUCUUUGCUGGUCUUCUCUUACCCAUCCUCCUCCUCCUCUUCUUCACCAGUGCUCCAAAGCACUACCAUUCUUUCCGCCGUCUACGACAGCGUCUCCAAGCUCCCCAAGAUGGGCAGUGCAAAUAUGGCACCAUUUACGUUUACGACCUUCCUCCGAUCUUCAACCAAAAGCUGUUGGAUAAUUGCCACGAUCUAGAUCCGUGGACUUCCCUCUGCAAAACUCUCUCCAACGAUGGAUUUGGCCCAAAAGCCACCGGCCUCGACGGGAUUAUGCCCAGAGAUCUUACUCAAGCUUGGUACUGGACUCACAUGUUUUCCGGGGAGGUUAUGUUUCAUGCGAGGAUUUCCAACUACAGGUGCAGAACCUACGACCCAGAUUCGGCCACGGCGUUCUACAUCCCCUUUUAUGCUGGAUUAGCAACUGCCAAGUACCUGUACGGUAACUCUAGUGCGAGCGAGCGAGACUCUCAAUGCGAGAGCCUGCUCAAGUGGGUCACUGGCCAACCCUCUUGGAAGAGGUCUAAAGGGGCUGACCAUUUUAUCAUGCUGGGAAGGAUGUCUUGGGAUUUCAGAAGGAACACCGAUGAGAAGUGGGGGUCCAGCUUCCUUCUCAUGCCUCCCAUGAGGCAGACGUUAAAGCUCUCAAUCGAGCGUAAUCCUUGGGAUCGGUCGGAGAUCAGCGUUCCUUACCCUACGGGAUUUCAUCCCAAGUCCAAAGCUGAGCUGGAGAGCUGGCUGAAAUUUGUCCGGACUCGCAACCGGUCAAAGCUCUUCACUUACGUUGGUGGAAGACGCAAGAAGAUAAAGAACGAUUUCAGGGUUUUGUUGUUAGAUCAGUGUCGGAAGGAGGCUGAUUCGUGCAAAGCGGUGGACUGUUCUAAGACUCCCUGUGCGGAGGGAACGCCGGCGGUUCUGGAGUCGUUUUUGGACUCGAAUUUCUGUUUGCAGCCUAGAGGUGAUGCUUACACGAGAAGAUCCACGUUUGACUGUAUGUUAGCGGGUUCGAUACCCGUUUUCUUUUGGAAAAGGAGCAUCCACGGUCAGUUUGAAUGGUUCAUGAGGGAUGACCCGGAGAGGUUCUCGGUGUUUAUAGGUGAGAACAAAGUCAGAAAUGGUACUUCCAUUAAGAAAAUUUUGCAGGGCUAUGGUAUAGAAGAGAUUCAGAUGAUGAGAGAACGGGUGACUAACUUAAUACCUACAAUUUUGUAUGCUAUGCCCGGUGAUGAUGGGGAGAAUAGUAGAGAUGCCUUCGAAACAGCUUUUGAAGGGGUGUUACGGCGACUCAAGGAGCAGAAGCAGCUCAGCCAACAAUGA